CAAAACCCUAGCAAGGCAGAAUCAAGCCUUGUUUUCCAAUCAUCACUUUCGGAAGAGAAUAUCAUAUUCAUCAUCUUUAUCUUGGAAUUAUAAUUCCAACAACAAGAACAUUAUUCAAUCGUUUUCUUCCACGAUACAAUCAUCUUCAUCUUCCUCUAUUAUAAAUAAUAAUAAUCCAUUCUAUUCUCAUCAUCAUCCACUUCCAACUUCAUCACCAUUCAAUAGUAGUAAUGGAAGUAGUAACAAGAAAAAUCAGAGAAAAAACAAGAUGAAAAUACUAUUCGGAUUAUUAUGCCUCUCUUGCUUUUUAUUUGAAUAUUCGAUGGAGAAUUGGAAUAACAAGGUGAUUAAAUCGUAUAUUGCUUUCAAUUCUUUGGAGAGGAAGAGAUUGGAGGAGAUGAAUUUUGAGCUUUUUGAUACAAGGAAAUUAAUUCCAGAUAUUAUGGAACAAGUGAUGAAAACAAUACGAGAGAGGAUGACUUUACGAAAUAUCGAUGAGUUGGAUUCUGAGGAAGAGAAGACACAAAAUGGAUGGGUGAAUCGAUUGGAAAAUUGGCUAUUCAAUGGUCAUGACAAUUGGUGGAGUUCAAUUUCUCUUGGAUAUGUCAUCAUUCCGAGGAGUGUUGUCCUAACAGCAGGUACAUUGCUUUUCCCUCUAGCCUUGUGUUUCACACCUCUACAUAUUCUUACCUAUCCACUUGGAUUCAUUUUGAAUGUAGCGAUGGAACAUGUGGUAAGUGAGGAGGAAAAUACCAAGGACAGAGAUCAAUUUCAAAUGAAUUGGAAAAUGCAAACAUUGGAAGUGAUUGCAGAUUUAGGACAUUUGUAUUCCAUAAUAACGAGAAUUCCACAAACAUUUUGCGAGCAAGUUGUAAAUAAUUGGCAAGUUCCACAACACGAAUGGAAGGAGAAGGAGGAUUACCUCUUCUUGAAAAUGGCCUACUCCAAUCAGGAAAAUGAAUUAUUGAGCCAAGAGGAAAUUCACUCUGUCAACACUUUGAUAGGAGAUUUGGAAUUUUAUGAUCAAUCUCAAAAGUAUUGCACUCGAUAUGAUUGGGUCACUCAAUCGCCACUCUACAUUAACAAUAGUACAGAGAGAGCAUUUGGUCACUCGUAUAAUUUGUGGGCCGCUCUUGCAUUGAGUAAGAGUGCCAUUCUGUGGCUUUGCAAUUCUGAUUGUGAAAUCAGAGUUGAUAAGGACAAGAUUGAGGAAAAUAAGAAACAACGAAAGAGGAGAAUUCAGGUAGCUUUGGAAAAUUUUGAAAAGGCAAACAAGAUUUUUGCAUUCAUAUUGGAAAAUCCUUCAAAAUCUUUAACAAUUGAAUCAUCCAAAGUGAAGGAACUCAAAUCAAAGAUUGAGGAAAAUAUCAAAAUUGCCAAUUUUGAAUUGGAAAAGCUGGAAUAAAUUGUUUUGCC